GAGGGAGGGUCUCAUGCUCUCUGAGUCCCUGAUGGCCAGUGGGUAAGGGGUGGUAAGGGUGGAGACUCACCCCAUCUGAUCUCAAUGGGAAGGUUUUUGGGGACAGCCCCGUGCCUGUUGUCUACUGGCCAUGCAGGUGUGAAGGGGACUGGGCAUCCUUGGACCACCUGUGUGUUAGAUUAUUGAGGCCUUGUGGGAGGUGGAGGGCUGGGCCUUUGGAAUCCCUAGUGGUUACACCAGACUGGAGAGUGAAAGGUAUGUGUAUAGUGGGUGCAUGUAGCGCUCUGUUCAUCCCAGACAUGGGUAUUACCCUUAUGACCCUGACUACAGAUGGAUGAGGGGUGUUUGGCUGGGUGGGUUGAGUCCUGUGUUGUCCUGAUGCUGAAAAGGUGACUGGUCUUGUGGUCUGGGACUCUGACUGGGGAUAAAAAGUGUGAAUAUGUCCUCCCUACCCAGGAUAGGUGAAGGAUCUUGCACUAUGUUAUCUUAACAGCCAAAGAAUGAAAAUAAUGUGGGGUCUCACCCUCCAAAGCCUGACUACCAAAAGGUGAAUAUUUUAGGGUUUGUGAACCUCUAUAUGGAGGGGUGAAGGAUGAGACAUUUCUAAUCCUGUGACUUUGGCUGCAGUGGGAUGUGUGAACACUUAAUGAGGGAAUGUUAUGCUGAGUUUCAUAAAUCCAACUCUAGACGCCACUAAACAUUGAGCCCAAGAAUAUACAGCCUCUGAUGCGUAGUAAGUGAACUACAGAGAAUUGUAUUGUUCCCAUGGGAUCAAAUCUGCCUGUAUGUCAGGCACACAAGUUGCAGGAGAAUAAAUAUCAGGUAUAGGACUCUGCCAUUCCUAGUGCUGAAUGGGGACUGCAAUUGCAGUUCAAUUGUAUGUAUGCCAGGUCCAGAAGCAACUGAACUCAGCCCUCUGCGGAGACUUCACUGCAGAUUUGUCUUGCCUGAGCCCAAGUGACUCAUCUUCCUGGUAACAUCUGACACUAGGUACUUUGAUGUGCUAUGAAGCUCCCAGAGUUCCCUCUUACAGAGACUGCAGAUCCGAUUCCCCCUAGACACAGACAAGACCCACCUGAGCCAAAGAAAUCUUGAAAACAAAGGAGAACUGAUUUGAUAGCUGGAUCCUACCAUAUUCUCCUUGAUCAAUUCUCAGUUGUGCAUCCCAUGCAGCCACAACCUUACUGGGCCACUUGUCCAUUGGCCACAUCAUGUUUCUAUUCCUUGCUUCCUUCCGGGUCGCUUCUCUGCCAUGUUUAUAGCCAUGUUCUGAUUGGUCCCAAAACACACUGCAAAUCUGCAACGGGAUAACUAGUCUUUCUUUCUGAAGCAGGGAUGUGUGCUUUUUUUUUUUUUUUAUGUCGGCGCAUAAGCAAAUGUUUUCUUGGUAAGUUGUGCCUAACAUUUGGACCUAAACAGAGUCAGGCUUAGAUCCAGCCCGAUCUCAUCUGGCAAGGAAUGCCACAGCUGGAGGUCUGCCAAUGAGAGAACACUGCCUCCAGCAACUCAAUAAUGUAAACCUGGGUCUCUCUGUGAAGAGGAACAAUUAAUGAUAUGUACACAUACAUGUAGGCUAUUCCAGAUGGCAGGAGGUGCAGAGGAGAAGGCUCUCACAUCAAGGAUGGUGAGACUGGGGAAGAGCAGAGAGGAGGCCAGCUAGACAAGAUGAGGUAGAGAAAUAGACAUGGUUUCUAAGACAGACUGGUGCAAAUGGGUGGAGGAUUUUAAAUCCAAGGAGAACAAUCUUGAACUGGAGCCUGAAUUACUUUAAACAAAUUACAUAAUGUGUUAUCCUCCAUAGUUUUUAGGCAAGGAUAAUAAUCAUAAAAAAAAGCAAUUAACUCCUCCAGUAAUAAAAUUACAUGUAUAUUUUUCCAUGUGAGCUCUAGAGAGUAUUCCAGCAAAGCACAACAAAUACUCAAGGUGCUUUCAGUAAAACACUCUGAAGAUCUUUACUCCCAUCCCUCCUCGACUCAUCUUUGACACUAGGAUCACAGUCUUUCAUUUAUGCUUGCAUGCAGUGGGGAAGGAUCUGGCCUGUGCAUUUUUCUGGUAAUAAAAGAUUAUGGCAUCAGGAUGCCUGCUAGGAAUCUUGCAACUAAGGAAAGGAGGAAAUUAGCCCCAUCUUAGAAACCCGUCUCCCAGCGCACUCAUGUCUGCUGCCAAGACCAAGCAUGUGGGUUAGUGCUGACCUGACUGGCACUGAUUUUGCAGUGUUUGGUUCAUAAACUACACUGUACAGGACUGCUGGUGACAGUUGCUCUUCCAUUUCAACACCAUAGAGCAUUCUUGUUCUUCCCAUGAGACCAGGGUAAAUAGCUGCCUCUGCUUGUCCGCUACAGCACACUUGCCACCCAGCCCUUUGACUGCAUGUGAGAGAUGGCAAAUGCCGAAGUGAGUGUCCCUGUGGGGGAUGUGGUGGUUGUACCAAGCGAAGGAAAUGAAGGGGAGAACCCGGAAGAUACCAAAACCCAAGUGAUAUUACAGCUACAGCCAGUGCAGCAAGGUUUGUUUAUCGAUGGACACUUUUACAACAGGAUUUACGAAGAGGGCUCUGAGACCAGUGCCGCUGUGGUGGCUGUAGAAACACAUACCAUACACAAACUAGAAGAAGGGAUUGACCCCAGCACCAUUGAAACCAACGAGGAAAUUGAGAUUGCCUACCCCAUCACCUGUGGGGAGAGCAAAGCCAUCCUUCUCUGGAAGAAGUUUGUCUGUCCAGGAAUUAACGUCAAGUGCGUCAAGUUUAAUGACCAGUUGAUCAGCCCUAAGCACUUUGUUCACUUGGCUGGCAAGUCUACCCUGAAGGACUGGAAGAGAGCCAUUCGCCUUGGAGGAAUCAUGUUGAGGAAGAUGAUGGACUCUGGGCAAAUCGACUUCUACCAGCAUGACAAGGUUUGCACCAACACCUGUCGAAGCACCAAAUUUGAUCUCCUGAUCAGCAGUGCCAGAGCACCGGUGCCGGGGCAACAAACAAGUGUGGUGCAGACUCCCACAUCAGCUGAUGGGAGCAUCACCCAAAUUGCAUUGUCCGAGGAGAGCAUGGAGGAGGGGAUUGAAUGGAACUCUGCUCUGACGGCUGCUGUCACCAUGGCCACUGAGGAGGGAAUCAAGAAGGACACAGAGGAGAUUUCGGAGGACACGCUGAUGUUCUGGAAAGGAAUAGCCGACGUGGGGCUGAUGGAAGAGGUUGUCUGCAACAUCCAGAAAGAGAUAGAAGAGGUGCUGAAAGGUGUCCAGCAGAGGCUUGGCCAAUCUCCCUUCCAGAUCACAGAUGCCGCAGUCCUGAAUAAUGUGGCCCACACUUUUGGCCUGAUGGACACAGUCAAGAAAGUUUUGGACAACAGGAAAAGCCAAACAGAGCAGGGAGAAGAGCAGUUUCUUUAUACUUUAGCAGACCUGGAACGCCAGCUGGAGGAGCAGAAGAAACUCGCCAGGGAUCAGAAGAUGAAGUCUCAGACGAUCCAGAACGUGGUGCUGAUGCCAGUCAGUGCUCCGAAACCCCCUAAGAGACCUCGUCUGCAGCGCCCGGCCUCUGCCACAGUCUUGAGUCCCUCCACCCCUGUCCAGCAGCCUCAGUUCACAGUCAUCUCACCCAUUGCCAUCGCACCUAUGGGACAGCAAUUCUCAGUGGGCAACAUUCCGGUGGCAGCUAUCAGCCAGGGAUCCAGCCCAGUGACUCUCCACACCUUGCCAUCCUCACAGCUCUUCCGAUAUGCCACCGUGGUGUCUUCCUCCAAGUCCAGUUCAUCUGACACUGUGACCCUUCAUCCGUCCUCCAGCUUGGCCCUGCUGAGCUCAGCCGCUAUGCAGGACAGCAGUGGCCUGGCUAAUGUGGCCGCAGUGGUGAACCCUGUGGAACUGGUGGCCAUGGAGUCUGGCCUGACGUCUACCAUCCAAGCUGUUGAGGGCACCUCAGAAGAUGGACAGACCAUCAUAGAGAUAGACCCAGCACCAGAUCCUGAAGCAGAAACUGAGGAAUCGGAGGGCAAAGCUGUGAUUCUGGAAACUGAGCUGAGGACAGAGGAGAAAAUGGUGGCAGAUGUUGAGGACCAUCAGCAUCAGGUGCACAAUGUAGAGAUCGUUGUCUUGGAGGAUUAGCAAGGAAGGCAAAUCUCAUUGGUGGGAUGGGUUGUUGGUUUUUUUUUGGUUAAACUUUUUUAUUUUGACAGUCAUCCUGUUCGUUGCCAUGGAUCUUUUUCAUUUUUAUAGUCCAAAAAUGGAAAAAGCUGGAGAAACAUGGAGAGGCCCAAGAAAAGGCUCCAUCUCAUGGAGUGAUGGACAAAAUCAACCGUUUCUGCAGGGAGGAAGGAGAAGUGAUUCUGCAGACCAGAAAGGGAGAAUACCUCUCCUUCCUGAGAGUGCACAGUGAUACAGUCCUUAUUCUAGUUUUUGCCCAGGCCUGGUCAUUGCUAGGACUAUUUUAUUUGAGAGAGACUCUGGCCAGUAACUGGAGCAUUGAUCUUACUGCUGGAAGGGGUUGAUUGUUGCUUUGGGGGAAACAGGUACCUCAUUUUUAUUUUUUCCCAGGGAAGGGAAUUCUGUCCAACUCCUCAUUAUCAGCUAUGCUGGUAUUUUGCUUUUGGCAAGGAAGCAGCAACCUUGACUGUAGUGUUCAUUGUCCCCUUUCCCACACCCAGUGGUUUUUUUGUUUAUUUUGUUUUUUAGCUUUGCUCUCCCUUUCCCUUUCCAGAUCUGCUGGCUGCUAAAGUGCUUAAGCUGCUUUUGGGCUCUGUCACCCAAAUCCUGCUUCUUCCCUUCCUGGCCUUCUCCCUCCCAGGCCUUGUAAGUUUCUUUGCCGCAGGACACUGUUACAAGACACUGAUCGCUUAAGCCUGGUGCAUAAAGGAGAAGAAUCAACCCAUUGGUAAAAACACAGCCCUCCCUUUAGCAUAGCGCUGACCUCCUGGAUGUAUAAAGCGUGUGUUGCGCGGUUGCUUCCUGGGAGGGCUGGAUUCCAUGGGGCAGGAGCCCCAUCUGUUUAUGCCGCACGUUGGAAACUGUACUUGCUAGUUGCUACAUGUUGGUGUGUGAGGUUUUUUUCCCUUAAUCUAUUUGCAGGAUUAGAACUGGCAUAUUAUUUUAGCAUUGUGACUGCCUCAGCAUCCCCCUUUCCCCCACCACUUCGGGGGGGGGGGGCUCUUUUCGUUUCUUUGUGGAGCGAGGAAGGGAAGGAGGGAAUCUAUUUUUAAUUCAACUGUUGAAUUGUGGGGAAUUGGGAGGGCUGGGGAAAAUCUGCUUGGUUGAAAUAUAUUAAGCAAAACAGUAAUAACAGAAAUAGACCCGGAGGGGGAGAGGAAGGAGGAGGAGGUGGGGUGUGGUUAUUUUAUUUUUUAAUUUUUUUUGCAUUAAAAGGAAAAAUCUAAAUGCAUCUAGAUUAUUAAUGGAAAGGACUACAGUGAAUUUGUUGUUUGUAUUUUAAUAGCACCUCAAUCCAGAUUGGGGCCCUGUUUUGCAAGGCACUGCACCAGCACAUAGGAAAUAGUUUAUGACGUGUAGCACUUACACUGUAAACAAAGGAUGAGAGAAAGGAAAUAUUAUUUAUUAGAGACAGACAUUAAAGGCCUGAUUUUUCCACUCGA